GUGGUUCACUUGAGGACAGCUCUUUGCUCUUUGCACCGACAAGUUCACGCUUCAAGGUUUAUCAGACACUCCCAUACAUUGCACUUUCUACGAUAGAACUCGGCAACCGUCUCUGCUUCGUGCCCACAACUGCAGCUUUCCUAGCCAGAGAGUAAAUAGUGACUGGCCGGCUCACGUCAGCGGUACUGUGAUGGCACAACCUGUAAAGCCUCCCGUCGUACAGCCUGGCACAGGCAACAACAUCAUAGUGAAUCCUUGUCAGCGAGGGAAUCCGAUCAUUGAAUGUAUACGAAAUGUGGGCAAGGAAUUUGGCGAGAUCGUUGUAGACUAUCAAGUAGGAAGAACGACUGGCAUUCUUUUCCUAAGUCUGCGAUACCACCGACUACACCCAGAGUACAUCCAUCAACGUAUACAGAAGCUCGGCCAUGCUUACAAUCUGAGAGUGCUCCUCAUCAUGUGCGACGUGAGUGAGCAUCAGGAACCUAUACGUGAGCUGACGAAGAUCUGUCUUCAUAACAACAUCACUGUCAUGGUUGCGUGGACAGCGGAAGAAGCUGGUUUUUAUCUCUCAACGUUUAAACAAUUCGAACAUAAGCCUCCAGACCUUAUCAAGGAACGAGUCGACAAGGACUACGACUCAAUGCUGCGCACUUCACUCACAAGCAUAAGCAAGGUGAACAAGACCGAUGUUGAAACCCUCCGUACAACAUUCGGCAGCUUUGCAGAUAUUGCGAAAGCGUCGUCUGAUCAGCUACUGAACCUUCCUGGGUUUGGUCAAGUGAAGGUGAAAAGGAUCAAGGACGCUUUUGAGAAACCGUUCCGAAAUAAUGCCACAAGUGCACUUCCAUUCGCACAAUUUCAGCCUACCAGCACUACACAAGUUGCCAGUACUACUGCAGCUGAAGCCUUGGCAGAAGGUGUCCUUGAAGUCUCAACAAAUGAACCGGCACCUAGUCACCCUGCAAGAGAACCGAGACCCGUGUGGGACAUCGAGCUCGACUUGAACGAAUCACUUCCGCCAAGCCCAGAAUCUGGUCCACUACCUAUACGCCAGGUCGCAAUAGGGCAAAAACUCACCCGUCAACGAUCCCCCAGUCCCAUGUGGGACAUUGAGUUAGAUCUUGACGAGGCUGAUGUUGAACAGUCUACCGCUAAGGACAAAUUUGGCCAGCCAGCACUCCUCUCUUGACGAAAAGACUUUGCUCUGGAACGAGAUAAACAAAGUAAUGUAACUUUCGUUAGUAAUGAAUAGCGGUCUCUAUAGUACUUGCACCCCAAGAAGAAAUCAGGUGAUGGUACUGUCCUGGAAUGACCGUUCAUUCACAUC